UUUUCUUUGACGGUUUACGGCGGUUGCCGGUGAAUGGGCGCCGGGGCCUGGUGAGUGGAGCUGGUGCUGCCUCCAGAGCGUGCGGCGGGGAUUCGGGUAUCCGAGAUCGGGGGAAUGUGAGAGGCCGUGUUCCCCCAUACCCCAACCCGAGGGAGAGAGAAAGGGAGCGGGCGGGCGGGUGAUGACCGUGCGUUAACAGGGCGAUCGAGUAACUCGAGGAGGCUUACUGAGGCCGGGCCUGAGGGAAGGAGAGAAAGCGGCGGCGUCGUCGUCGUCAGCACCACUACCCCCACCCCCCUCCCCCACACCCACCCCACCCCCCUCCCCCACCCCCACCCCCACACCCACCCCCCUCCCCCACCCCCAACUCCUACUCUUCCCCCAGCCCUCCCCCUCUCCCUCCCCCACCCCCACCCGCGGCCAUGACCUUGUUCAGACUCACCACCCAGGCCUACUGCAAGAUGCUGCUGCACGCCGCCAAGUACCCGCACUGCGCCGUCAACGGCAUCCUGGUGGCCGAGAAGCACAAGAGGAAGGACGGCCAGCCCGUCCUCUUCGUGGACUGCGUCCCCCUCUUCCAUGGCACCCUGGCCCUCGCGCCCAUGCUGGAGGUGGCCCUGACUCUGGUUGACUCUUGGUGCAAAGAGAAUAACUACAUAAUAGCAGGAUAUUACCAGGCAAAUGAGCGUAUGAAGGACACCAGCCCAAACCAGGUUGCUGAAAAGGUUGCCUCUCGGAUUGCAGAAAACUUCAAUGAUGCUGCCCUAAUCAUGGUGGACAAUCACAAAUUUACGAUGGAGUGUGAAGAACAAUCAAUUGUAGUAUAUGAACACCAUGAAAAUAAAUGGCGAUGCAAAGACCCUAACAUUGAUUUUUGUGAAGAUUGGUCAGAGGUGCAGCGAAUCACAAACUGUCUCCUGGAUGGUAAAUCCUAUGACUCCUUAGUGGAUUUUGAUAACCACAUGGAUGAUCUCAGGAAUGACUGGACAAACCCAGAGAUCAACAAAGCUAUUCUUCACCUUUGCUGAGACAGCUUUCUAAGAAUGUUCUAGGGCAUUUUUUGGUAGCUGGGGACCUGCAGCUGCUUUUGACUGCAAAGGGUGACCCUUAAUGAAUGUGAAACCUGAUGAGUGCUAAUUCACUAAAGAACGGAAACAAUAAGCAUACCAGCAUACUGUGCUGAGAGAUAAGAUUUAUGCCUUCUAAUAAUUGAGCCAUAGAUCUCUUGGUAUUCACAGCAGGACAAUAAGUUUGUGAUGAAAUAACAUUUUAGUUAAUAGUUUCAGUCAUAAAUCAAACUUUGGGUAUUUCAAAAGGAGACAAGUGAAUUAUGUGUAAGUUUUUAAC